AUUCGUUUCCGUUUAAGGGACUUAUUUCUGUUUUGGGAGUACAUGUAAUUUAUUUAUUAUAAAGAGCCGACUGGUUUUCAUUUGAUUUAACCGAAAACGCAGGAGCGAUGGGUAAAGAAGAAGAAGAAACUGUUAAGGAUGUCUUUUACCGUCUAGAUUUUCGCACGUUUGGCAUUGUGACAGUGAGUCUUCCAGCCGGCUCCCUGCUGUUUUCAUUCCUCUGGGGUCUCAUCUUCAUACCCGAUGAGGUCAAUGAAACUGUCUGUAAUUGUACCAACUUCAUUCCCUCCAUCAGUGCAGUGACAGGUGUUUCUCCGGGGAAAUAUGUUUGGAGGAUCUGUAUUGCCUUACAUUCUGCUCCAAGAUUUAUAAUAGCUGUUCUCCACUAUAACUACUACCUAUCACUUAUACACAAUGUGAAGCCAAGUUAUAGGCCUUUUUACAAGAAGUUUGUCAGCCUGAAUUUUUGGUUGAAUACAGUGGAGAAUGCGUGUCUAGUGCUUGUCAGCUAUAUAUCAAAUAGGGAAAAUUACCCUGUCCAUGAGAAGAUAUUUGUGGUAUUUAUGGUCAUGUCACUGUGUUAUAUGUUGACCAAUACUAUACUGUUUAAUAUGUCAAGACCAGAGAAGUGGACAGAGCUAGACUUGAAAUCAUAUGCUUUCAAAAAAUAUUUGUGGAUAGCCAUCAUGAUAUCCACUGGAGUGCUGCUGUAUUUCUUUGCUCAACAUAGGCUGUUCUGUAUACCUGGAGCAUUCAGCUGGUUUUCAUUGUCCGAGUUUUUCAUCGCCUAUAUCAACAUGGCCUAUCAUGUGACUGCAAUAUGGGAGUUUAAAGACUCCCACUGGGUGAAUGGAGUCUUCAGUCCUCCCCAUGUUACCAAUAACCACAUCAAGUCUCACUGAUCAGUUGCCUUAGUUGUGCCUAGCAUACAUGUCCAAAUUGCCAGUAUCAGAGGAGUAGCGAAACAGGGUGAAAAUAAGGGUUCAUAAGCCAUUGAUACUAGGAACAUAAAAAUCGACUAGCACAUGUAACAUUGCACAUCCCAUUGGCACUCUAGUCAUGAUGAUGUUUUCUAUACAAGUAAAUUGAAAUCUGGUCUGUGAAAACAUUGGUACCAAAAGAAGUCUAAUGUCAUCUGUAGUUGCCUUGUUAAAACCUUAAUGAGAGGGAAAGUCUCACCUGUGUAUUAGUUUCUAUGUUUUUACUAGCAACAUGUAUCAAUAAGUGUAAAUAACACUUGGUGUAUUUUGGGUAUUGGAUGGUCAAGUAUUUUUGGAUAUUUUGUAUGCUCAUUAGGGGUUUUAUAGAGCUCAAUUAUAAUAAAAUUUUACAGAAUUUAUGAAUGUAAUUUUUUUGGCAAAUUUUCUCAAUUUUUCAUGUGGAAUUUAAGAUUUGUCUUUCAGUGGCGUUUUCCUCAAUAGAUAGUUGUUUCAUAUCAUUUUAUUAUAGAAGUCCCAGGGCUUUUGUUUUAAUUUAAAGAAGAUAAAGUUCAAAAUUGUUUGAAAUAUGCCCAAAAUGCACAAGAUAUUUUAGAAAUGUCAGAUUGUUAGACUGAGAAAAUUGCCAUGGAAAUCUGUCCAGAAAAAAAUAUUAGAUUUCUUUUUUUCUUGUAAGUGCAGCACAAGGCAUAAUUAGGUAAUGGACGCACAGCAUUGAUGUCAUGUGCAAGAGGACAAUCUUUAGAGCCAGUAUUAAGAUCUGCACAGGGGGUGCAGUUAAUAUGGAGUUUGCUCUGAAACAAUGCUACAUUUAGGAUGCCAAGCAAAGUAUCAUAUUUAUUUAUGAAUCUAGCUGUACAGUGCAAUAAUGAUUAUUAGUAGGUGUUAAGGGGAAAUUAAAGUUUAUCAUUAUAAUAAAGGGAUGUUAUUAAACUCAGAAAUUAAUAUUUAUUAUUGUAAACCACCUUCCUGCUCACAUUUUUAGACCCUGUCUCGUAAGAUACCCCCUUUUUGUGUUUUAGAAGUAAACUGCAGACUUUCUUGCCUUAAGAUGAUGAUAUUUAAUACACAGUAAUUUUAAUAAAAGGUUAGACUGCAAGGAUAAUUGUAUAUCAGACCAUUUGUGUAUUUUAAAGACCUGUGGACAAUUUAUUUUAUAUGGUGUAGAUGUAACUGUUGCUGUGUUUUUACAGUGUUCUCCAAUGUGUAGUAUGUUUUGUAAGUGAUGUAAGGCUCAUAGCAGAAUGGUCACUUUGGCUAUAUAGUUUCCACUUAUUUAAAUGGUAUGUAGAAUGUAAACAUUUUUUUAUGUGGAAUUCAAAAAAAAGGAAAGCACUGCUGCAACAAUCAUUUCGCUUUAUCCAAUGUCAUGUGGGUUGAAAACUUGCAAAUGCAAUAUAUCUGCACUCCACAGGGAUCAAACUAAUUUGUGAUGGUGAUAAUAAUAAUAGGUCAGUCAUAAUAAAGCUGUAAAGCGAAUGGUUGUAGGUAAUAAUCCAUCAAUUUUAAGUCAUAGUUUCCCCUGAAUAUCAGAAUAGUCUGACAGGUGCAUUUUUUAUAUAUGUAAUAAUCACAUGUAGUCUUCAUGACAAGAAUAUUGAAUAAUAUCUUCUAGAAAAGAGUAGAGAAUAACUAUUCUGUAACCCAGGCGAUUUGUUCUCAGGCUGUUUUUGUUAUGGUUUAGUCAGAUUCUAUUAAUUUAUUGAAACUUUGAUUUUAAGUUGCCAUUUUUAUCCCACAUGUUGCAUCACUAUUUGGAGCUUUCAUUAAUCUGGUCCUUGGCAUCUACUAGGGAUAUAAUACUGUAUAUUAACCAUGUUAACGAAUGGUAAACAAAUCUUAACACAUUCUUAGAUAUUUGAUAAAAUAACUGUUUUAAGCCUUGGAUUGUGUGGACCCCAUUUUGAGUAUGACAUAAGCUAUUAAGUCAAGUUAACUAAUUACCUCAGUGCACUAUUUUUUCAAUGUAUAUCAGUAUCAGGAAUAUCCCUUGUAUUGAUUAUACUGUGACAUCGAAAAAUGUAUGGGUAAAAUGUAUGUUGCCAAGCUCUAAUGUUAGAAGCGGCAGUGAAAAUGUACACCCCAAAGCCAGGUUGACACUUGGCACAUGAUCUUAUCCCAGUUUGCAACAAUAAAAUGUUUAAUUCCACAAAAGA